AUGUUCAAUAUGUUUAAAAAGAAAGAACAGACCUAAUAAUAAACAGCCCCUCCACCAUUACCUAUUCAAUAACAAUAAUAAAUUCAAUAAUAGCCUCCUAAUGCUCCUACUCAAUAACCAGCUACAAAAGGAUCAAUGUUUAAAGGAAGUCUUAAGGUAAAAGCACAGCCUCUUUAAACCUAAGAAAUCCAAUAAUAACAACCCUUGCCUCAAACAUAGUAAACUUAAUUAGUUUAAACUUAAUCCAAUUCAGAUAUUAUAUCCCCAGAAAGUGAUGCUUAUAAGUAAUAAUAUAAUUAAGUGGAAACACCUACUCCAUAAGAUGAAUCAAAUCUCGAGCAAAAAAUAGAAGUUAAAAUAAAUGUUGAAGAGGUCAAAAAAAAACCAACAGGCUUUGGUUUCUUAAAAAAAAAAUAACCUGAACAACCAAUUCAUACAGAUGAAUCUUUAUAAGAAUAAGUGGAAAGUUAAAUUAUUUAUGGAAUUCAAGUUAAAUAAAAUCAAGUUCAAGAAGUCAAUAAAUAAUAGGAUUACAAUCAUGAGUAGUAAUCUUAAUUAUAAAAUAACUCACCNAAUGAAUUUAACUUGAGCUAAUUAAUCUCCUCUGAAAUCAUAAUUAUCUUACUUAUCACAUAUCUUAUUUAACAAAGUCUCUCAGCAUAAUCAAAAUUUCUAUAGGCUUCCUGUUUUUAGUUCUAAUUUUCAUUCACUCAGAAACUAUAUUAAAUAAAAUCGCAAUUUUUAAUUGUUUUUUCCAUUCAAUUUUAUUAAUAUACUAUUGAUAUUCUCUCCAUUAUCAUAAUAUUGAGGUUCCAACUAUUAAUAAAUAUAAAAUGA